UUUUUGGCAAAGGGAACAGCCACAACGUGACCAGCACCCCAACCAGUACAUUUGUAGUGUAGCUCGUCCAGGUACAUCUGUACUGUAGCUCGUCCAGGGGACCUGCGAUACAUUCCUCAAGACCAGUGAGCAGGGCAAUUCCGAUUUGCUGCUCCUGGAGCUCCUGGCGGAUACUCGAGGCCAAAGCUCCUAUAGCUGGGCCAAACGACCAUGGAGAUGGCACUAGCGGCCCCGGCUCCGACUUUCGAGCUGCUGUGGAGAUGAGUGGUGUGUCGGAGGUCGCACAUCGAUUUCAAUAUCACCGUGGACAGUUGGGUGGGCACAGAUCUGGACGGGAACGGCCAGUCCGUAUCCCCCGCUAGGCCUGGAGCGGCGGCGACACUGGUCUCGGAAUGGAGAUGACGAGGCCUGGCUGGUACUUGGUGUCAAACCCCGGCUGGUGCACCGGCGUAUGGCAGACGGCAUAUGGCGGUGGUGUUGACGGUGGACAAUGACCUGGUGUUGAUGGGCGCAGAUCUUAGAUGUCCAUAUUUUCUUCUUGUGGUUGACAUUUCCGGAUCUAGGAGUUGCAGAUCCCAACCUGAAACUAUAACAGGUGGCUCGUGGUGGCCUGCCGCCGGCAGGGGUGCUAGACCAGAAGUUAGCCCGCAUGACCUGGGACGCCACUGUGGGGCGUUGGUUCUCCGGCCUUGUCUGCGAAAUCCUAGAUUUCUGAUUUUGUUAUUGCUGUAUCUUUUUAUUUUAUUUUUCCAGAACAGUUUCUUACAGUUUGAGCUACAUUUGGUCGGACCGUGACGGGAAGCGAAUUGCGUGAAAGUGGAGCGAGCUUUCAUUAGCCGCCGCCGGCAAGCAACUAGCGGUGGUGCUGCAACUCAGGCGAGGAGCUCCAUGGAUCCGAACAGGCAUCACGACUUGGUACCUUCCCUGUGGGGCCGGUGCUGCCCGGAGCUGAAGCCGGGGAUUGGUGGGUCUAGUGGCGCGGCGACGGAGGUGGAGCAGCCAGCUACGACAAGCAACGCCAAGGUGCAGCAAGACUGUCUGAGAAACAGUUCAACAGAUUGGAAAAAAUUGAAAUUCUAAUUUUUCUUAUCUAGAACAGUUUUGGGUAGAAUUUUUGUGAUUUUGGUAGAGUUUUUGGUUAAGCGGGGAGGGUUUGUCACUUGAUUGUGUUCAAACCUCUCAACGAGAGCACCAUAUGAUGGACAGUCUACCCGGGGGGUGUCUUAUCCGAGUGGUUUUUACAGAAUAGCCUAGAGAGAAGUCAGAGCAAGCAAGUAGGAGAGAGAGGAGAUUAUUAUUUAUGAACUCGAGAUGUUCUGAUGUGGAUCUGAUCAUUUACAAGGAGAAAUGGACUGCUAUUUAUAACAGCAAUAAAUGCGAUGGGAGUACACGUGUCAAUAAUCCAACAGCCGAGGGGUCACAUCAAUCAGGGUGGCACCGGCAGUGGCAUGUUCACCGCAUUGAAUGCGGUGGGUGGAUGUGACGUCGCAUUAAAUGCGGUGGUUGGCUGUCUCAAAAGGAAAUCUUCGAUGAUUGAGUCCGUUUAGCCGAAGACUCCUCUCGUGGCCGAGGGCCCCGUGUGGCCGAAGGCUCUGUGUAGCCGAGGGCUUGGUUCAGCCGAAGGCUUUCUAUGAUGCCGAGGGCUCCACAAGCCAAAGGCUCUCGUUUUCUGCCGUUUUCUCUCAGUAGCUUCGCAUGCCCAAAAAGGCUAUUCUGUGAGUUUUGGGGCCUUCGGUCAAGGUGGCCGAAGGCACCCCAGUGUGUGUCUUGGACUUCCUUGAACUUGGGCCACUGUAUUUGGGCCUCGGAUGCUCCUUGGGCUUGCUGGGCCUGUGAUAGGUUAGUAGGAGUCUGUGGGCCGGCGGUUCCUGGGCCAUAUACUCCAUCACUAUUACAAAUGGAGUAGAUCUACUUAAGAUUUUCUAUUUAAUACUCUCAUUGUCUCACAAUAUUUGAUCAAAUUAGUUUAUUUUAAUAAAUAAUAAAUUUUAAAAAAUGAUUUUAGCUACGGAGUAUUAUGCUUGUAUGAAUAUAUUUAACAAAUAACAUUCUCAUAGUUUUUUUAUUUUUUAAAAUAAUUUCUUAUUAAAAACUAUCAUCAGUCAAGUUUGACCACUAUUGACCAAGAAAAGCCAUGUAGGAUUUUUUGUUCUACCGUUUCUCUCUAAGUGUGCGGUUGUGUUGCUUUGAGUUGAUUGCUAUAUUUGAUCUUGAUUUCAGUAGGGUAGUUUAGUGUAUUUUAUGGUUCUUUGAUUCAUGUAUGGUGUCAAGAUCUUUUGUAGCUCCAGAAAUAACUUGUUCUCCUUGGUUCAAAUUUUCUAGUCGACUUGGGAUUCAUUUUUUACGAGGGCAUCAUUUUCUGCAUGUUCUUUCAGCAAGGGCGGAGAUUCAGAAGGAAAGCUGCCGCGACAAAGACCCAGUGAUGGCUAGGGUGUUUUAUCAUCGCCAAUCUCCUCAUGCAGUGCUUUUGUUGUGGUUCGUCCGCAACAACAAACAGGUAGAUAGAGAGAGGAGUAUGAGUGGAUGGAAGAUUAGUACAAAGGGCCCGAUCGAGGGUGCGGAGGAAGGUUGGGGUUUUGUUGGAUAAGGUAGGAAAGAAAAUGGUGAUGACAUAUGUUUUCAAUUUUCAGUCUCGCGCUCCUCUUGAACUACUUUCAAAAGAGAAUGAUAAUGAGUGUAAUACCAAAAGAGAUUAUGGUUUGUAAGGAAUAAAAGGAGAACAAUUAUGCAGCAACUCACACUCCUCUUGAACUACUUCCGUUGCAUAAUGAGAAUUGUGGAGAAGCACUAAUUAGUAUCUUAAACUUUAAGAUUUUAUGUCACCA